UGGGGAAUGUCGACAUCUAACAAUAACCCCCACGACAAACAAUUCAUAAGCAGGCUUGGGUUUUAAUGAUUUGGAUGAUACUGGGGCACAGCUAUUAAGCACCACUAUUUUGGUUUGUUGAAAGUCUUCAUGGCCUGCUCGUAACGGGCCUUCCUCGUUCUCAAACCCGGUCCUUCAUCCACGACAUUUCCUCAUGGCGCAGAAUGGCUCUGCACAAUUGCGUGCAAGUCCCUUUGCAAGGGCAAGGGCAACAACCUCGUCUUAUAAUCAAAGCAACUCUGGCUCAUUACCGUCGUCUUCGAUAGGAUCUCCACCACCGACACAUGCGGCAUCUCACACUCAAAAUCAGUCGUAUUCACCAGUAACAACUCCAACACUCGGAAAAGGCCCAGUUCACAGUCGACAGCUUUCAGAUUCAAAGAUAUCUACCAUAAAAUCGAAUACUUUUGCGCCUUUAUUUAUUAAAACCGGGGAGUCUCAAGAAAGAACGAAGGCCAUCGAUGGAAUCGAAGGCGAAAACGACUUCUCAGGUAAACGGUAUGUUUGGCUGAAGGACCCUGGUACGGCCUUCAUUCAAGGGUGGAUUGUGGAGGAGCUCGAAGGUGGCCAAAUCCUUGUACAAUGCGAUGAUGGCAGCCAACGGGAAGUUCAUAGCGAGAAUGUCGACAAAGUCAACCCCGCGAAGUUUGACAAGGCAGACGACAUGGCUGAGCUAACGCAUCUAAACGAAGCAUCGGUCGUUCAUAACCUACAUAUGCGAUACCAAGCCGAUCUAAUAUAUACCUAUUCUGGUCUUUUCCUGGUUACCAUCAAUCCUUAUUGCUCACUGCCUAUUUAUACCAAUGAGUACAUAAAUAUGUAUAGGGGACGAAGCCGGGAAGACACAAAACCACAUAUUUAUGCCAUGGCAGAUGAAGCAUUUAGGAACUUGGUGGACGAAGGACAGAACCAAAGUAUCCUUGUCACUGGAGAAUCCGGCGCAGGGAAAACAGAAAACACAAAGAAAGUCAUCCAAUAUCUUGCCGCUGUUGCACAUUCAGAUUCCCCCCUCAAGAAUAAGAUUCAGCAUUCAAAUCUCUCGGCACAAAUCCUGCGGGCAAACCCAAUUCUCGAGGCGUUCGGGAAUGCUCAAACCGUCCGGAACAACAACUCGUCACGCUUCGGGAAAUUCAUCCGGAUCGAGUUCACGAGGACCGGUACAAUCGCUGGAGCCUUUAUCGAUUGGUACUUACUUGAAAAAUCGAGAGUAGUCAGGCUUAAUUCUCAUGAGCGGAACUACCAUGUAUUUUAUCAACUGCUCAAGGGCGCCGACCGCCAAAUGAAGCAAAAAUACCUUCUCGAAAACUCAGACGUCCAGGAUUUUACAUACACAAGGGAUGGCAACGACUCAAUUUCCGGGGUUUCUGACAGAGACGAAUGGAACUCGUUGAUAGAGGCCUUCGAUGUCAUGGGGUUCUCAGAGAAAGAUCAAGACUCUAUUUUCCGAACUGUGGCUGCUGUGCUUCAUUUGGGCAAUAUUUCGGUAAUGAAUGAAAGCCGGGGCGCGGAUCAAGCUCGCCUGGCACCAAACGCUCGUGCGGAAGCGGAGAAGUUUUGCAGGUUGCUAGGAAUAUCGCUUGAGCCCUUCCUUUCUGGCCUUUUGCACCCACGGGUAAAAGCUGGCCGAGAGUGGGUUGAGAAGGUUCAAACCCCCGAACAAGUCAGACUCGCCAUCGAUGCCUUGGCUAAAGGAAUCUAUGAGCGAGGAUUUGGAGACUUGGUCUCAAAAAUCAAUCAACAACUGGAUCGAACAGGUAUGGGACUCGAUGAUUCUCAUUUCAUUGGCGUACUCGACAUUGCUGGAUUCGAGAUAUUCGAAGAGAACAGCUUUGAGCAGCUUUGCAUCAACUACACGAACGAGAAACUGCAACAAUUCUUCAAUCACCACAUGUUUGUCCUUGAGCAGGAAGAAUACGCACGAGAACAGAUCGAGUGGAAAUUUAUAGAUUUCGGUCGUGAUCUCCAGCCGACCAUCGAUCUGAUAGAAUUGUCCAACCCGAUUGGUAUCUUCUCCUGCUUGGAUGAAGACUCUGUGAUGCCGAAAGCAACCGACAAAUCCUUUACGGAGAAACUCAAUUCAUUAUGGGAUCGCAAGACUCCGAAGUACCGCUCUUCUCGACUCAAACAAGGAUUCUUGCUUACUCACUAUGCUGCCGAAGUCGAAUAUUCGACUGAAGGCUGGCUAGAAAAGAAUAAGGAUCCUCUCAACGACAAUAUCACAAGACUAUUGGCAGCAUCAGCGGAUAAGCACGUAUCCAACCUUUUUGUGGAUUGUGCAGACCCGGACGAUGAAAGCAGUGGUAUCCGCAAUAGUCGUGUAAAGAAGGGGUUAUUCCGUACUGUAGCUCAAAGGCAUAAAGAACAACUCUCAAAUCUUAUGACACAGCUUCAUUCAACGCAUCCGCAUUUCGUCAGGUGCAUCAUUCCAAAUCACAAGAAAAAACCAAAGCAGCUAAGCGCGCCUUUGGUACUGGAUCAGUUACGUUGCAAUGGUGUCCUGGAAGGCAUUAGAAUUGCACGGACGGGCUUUCCGAAUAGACUGCCAUUUUCUGAAUUCCGCCAGCGAUACGAAGUACUCUGCAGAAACAUGCCAAAGGGUUAUUUGGAAGGACAAGCUGCUGCGACCAUUAUGCUAGAGAAACUGACAUCGGAUAAGUCCAUGUUCAGAGUCGGCCUUACAAAGGUAUUUUUCAGGGCUGGGGUGUUAGCGGAGCUUGAAGAGCAACGUGAUGCGCUGAUCCGUGAGAUCAUGUCUCGAUUCCAAUCCGUUGCUCGAGGCUUCAGUCAGCGGCGAAUUGCGCACAAGAGACUCUAUAGAGCCGAAGCCACACGAAUAAUACAGCGAAAUUUUCAGGUUUACCUUAACCUGUGCGAUAACCCAUGGUGGCAGCUGCUAGCCAAGAUGAAACCCUUACUGGGCGCCACUCGUACUUCCGGUGAGGUGAAGAAACGAGACGAGAUAAUUCAGAAACUCGGAGAGAGAAUCAAGCAAGACGCGGCCGAUCGCCAAAGGGUCGAGGAUGAACGGCGCAGCGCCCAUGCGGAGAUUCAACGAAUACAGACGACUCUAGAGAGCGAGCGUUCACUCGCAUUGGAUAAGGAAGAAAUCUUCAAGCGGUUACAGAUGCGUGAGGUUGAGCUUAGUGACAAACUGGCUGGCGCAAUCGACGAUCAGGAGAAAUUAGAAGAUCACCUUGACGAGCUCUUGGACGCCAAGAAAAAGGCCGAAGAGCAGUCUGAAGACUUACGAGUGCAGUUAUCACAUGCCGGAACGAUAAUUUAUAAUCUUGAAGCCGAAAAACAGAGUCUCGUUCAAAAGCUCGCAGAUAUGGAUUCAAAAUUUGAGGAGAUCUCUCAGGCUCAAUCACAGAGAUCAUCGGCUGAGGCCGAACUAUCCCAAGAAGUCCAAAUGCUCCAAAGCCAGUUGAGCUUGAAAGAUCGGAAGGCGCAGGAAUUAGAGAAGAAACUUCUUAAAAUCGGCCAAGACCUCGAUGUUAAGCUAGCACGUACGACCAAGGAUCUACAAGCAUCGCGCUCGCGAGAGCAAGCACUAGCCGACGAGACCAGAAAGGCUCAGCAGCAAUUAACAGAAUUGGCUUCCACUUCGACUGGUUACGAAGACCUCGUUAGGCGCAAAGAGAUCGAAUUAGCAAUCCUACGGUCUGACAACAAGAAAUAUGAGGCUAACCAGGCUUCUUUCGAGGACAAAAAGAAAUCUCUGCUUGAUAGCAAGAACAUUAUUGCUGCCAGGGUACGGGAGGUCCAAGCUGAAAUGGUAGCGAUGAAGACGCAAAAAUCUCAGCUCGAACGCGAGGCAGCAGAUGCGAAGAAAUUGCUCGAGGCCAGGCUUACUGAAGAUGCAGAAGCAGGUCAGAGUCGGAAGUUACUCGAGACUCAGAUCAAAGACCUGAAAGAUCAACUCUUUGCUGUCCAGACUGAUCUAAGCAGAGAGCGUCAAUCAAGAGACGACGUGCAAUUGCUUGGGGAACAUAAAUUCCAGAAACUCAAGGAGGAAUACCAGGUACUAAACGAGGCUAAGAUCACAAUUGAGAAGGAGCUUUAUGUGCAGCAGGAUACCCUGAGGCGGGCCACGGAAGGUCGUGCCGCCGCAGAGAAAGAAAGAAACGAAGCAAGAAACGAGAUUCGGAGACUUAGGGAAGCCAAAUCCGCGAUGGAGGAACUAAAAAUUCAAGCGGAACUUGCUGGUGAGCGUAACGCUUCAAGAGUGGCUAGGGAGCGUGAAGCAGGUUUAAUGAGAGACCUCGAAGCCGAACAAAGCCGGCUUAAAUGGUUUGAAGCCGAAUGCACGAAGCUGAGCCAGCAAGUUGACGAGCUCAACAAAAUGAUCCUCGAAUCUGGAAAUUUCGGUCUCCAAGUCGACCAACAGAAAGAGCGCCUCGAAAGCGAACUGAACACAGUUAAGAGUAGAUUGAUGGCUUCCGAGAACGACAAUCGUGCACUUCUCAACAAGAUUCAACAGAAAGGCCUCGAGCUGGCUCGUGCUGGUUCUCAGGCUAGUGAGUCUCAACGAGGAAAGGUAAUAGCCUUACAGCGUGAGAAAGCCAGAAACGAAGAGCAGAACAUGAAGCUAUUAAAGCAGCUCGAAGAGGUUCAGAUGCUUGCAGCUUCCGCCCAGAAAAAAAAUGAGAAGCUUCAAUUAACAAUAGAGGAUCUCAACCACGAAGUUUCUCGUGAACACAAAUCAAGUCGGAAUGCCGAGAUGAAUUCAUCCACCACUACAACACAGCUAGCUGAGGCCAAGAGGAAGAUCGAAAAAGAGGAGCAACUGCGCACACAAUCACAGGAAUUAGUGAAGAAAUUGCAGUCAAGCCUGGAUGGCCGCGACAGAGAUCUUGAAGAACUCCGGGCUCAGAGAUUGCAACUCCUUAAGGUUGUCGAUGCUGAGGUAUCUGCCCAAGUUCCACACGGAGAUGGAGCGGCCGAUACGUCAAUUCUCCAGAAAUACGACCUCGUUCGUAAAGUCCAGGACUUACAACAAAACCUGCGAAUACAGAUGGCUGGCCGAUCUAAUGCUGAAUCUCAGCUCUCGGACUUGCGUAAAAAGUAUGAAGCGGAUAUAGAAUCGGCUGGGAGGCCUCGCGCCAUGCUUGAAGAGAUCCACCCAAAUCAAGUACCAUUCCAAUCUCCAACUCAUGCGCGUACGAAGGCGAAUGGCAGGGUACAUUCCAAUGUUUCAACGCCAACUCGCCGAGUAGCCACCAAUGACGCCGAUCCUACCUUGGACUCAGGCCGCUCCGAUAGAACUGCUGAUCUGUUAAGUUUUAACAAUCGCAUGGAUCUCAAGACUGAGUUAGAAGAGCUGCAAAAUCAACUCCAGCUGACGCAGAUGCAAAAUCGCCACCUUAAAAGCCAGAUUGAACGCUCCACUCCGUCCCGAGAGCUGUGGCAGGAUGAUAGCCCUUCGUUGAGACGAGUGCACAAACUUGAAAAGGCAAAUACUAGGUUGCACGGUAUGCUCGACGACUCUGCGAAGAAGGUUUCGCAAUUAGAGAGAAGUGUGCAAUCGGGUGCUCUGUCUCUCCGCGAUGUUCAGACAAGGUCCCACGAGGAGCUCUAUGAAUUGAUCAGUAAUCAAGAGGACGCCAGGCGAUCACUGGUUCAUUUGAAUGACGAUGCUGCCGCUGAACUUUCUGAUAUCAAAGACCAUUUUGAUGGCUUGAAACACGCCAGGGCGACAUUGGAAGUUGAGCUUAGGGAUGCCAAAUCCGACCUUGAAGAGAUGGCCCGUGCUAGGGAUCAGGACGUCACAAGCCGAAAUCAACUAUUACAAGAAUUUGCUGAUCUCCAAAUCCAAUUCGACGCUGAGUCUUCCAAGGUAGCGGAAGUCUCUUCUAGUUUUGCCCUUUAUAAGGGUCGCGCGGAUGAGUACUUCAACAAGCUUGAACAGGCUGAAAUUGCUGUCCUCAAGGCAUCUAGAGCCGAACAAUUUGCUAGGUCCCAAGCAAGAGAGGCUGAGGAAACUUGUGCAACUAUCAUGUCUGAAAGGAGGCAGAUGGAGGGUUCUAUCGAAGACCUACAGCGACAAAACCAGAGUUAUGAGGAGAGACUGGAGGAUCUCUCGGCCGAUCUGGAGGGGGCUAUCCAAGCUAGAAAGCGCCUCCAGCACGAGCUUGAAGAUUACCGUAGCCAGCGUGCAAUGGACAUAGAGGACAAAGAGACAAGCAUGGAGCAGACACGCAAGAAGUACCAGGCUGAGUUUGCGACUUUGACAAACGAACUGGAUAUUGCCCGUGAGGAGAGGCUGUUUAAGCAGUCUGAGAAUACAAGACUACGAGAAGAACUUGAUGAUCUUAGAUCCAAGUGGGAUGAUGAAGUGCUCAACAGUUCCACAUGGUCAAAAGAGAAGGCUCGUCUCGAAGUCUCUCUGGCAGAUUUGGUCUCCUCUCGAGAUGAAGCCUCCAAUGCCCACAAUGAUGCCCAAGGCAAAAUUGUAUCCCUACUUUCACAGGUUCGCAGCCUGAGAACUUCAGUUGACGACGUUGCUGCUGAGCGCGAUGCGCUUCAGCGCGAAAAGCGCGGCCUUGAAGCGCGUCUAGAGGAAGCCAAGAACGGCUUUGAAGGUCUCGUUCGUGGAGACAGCCCAUCACUUCGCAACGCUGCCGGUCUCGACAAGGAGCUUCUUGAGCUAAAAUCUAGCUUGGCUCAAAACGAAGACAUUGCUGCCGCAGCUGUAGAGAAGAUGAGGCGUGCCGAGGCUCUGACAUCUGAGAUGCAGAAAGAUAUUGUUGCUGAACGCGAAACUACCGUUCAACUUCAUAAAGAGAAGGCUGCUCUCGAAAAGUCGUUGAAAGAUGUGCAAGUUCGGUUGGUGGAUCUAGAAACCAAAGGCUAUUCCAGCGCCAGCCAAGAUGUUAGAUUCCUCCAUGGCCGGGUACAAGAGCUUGAGAGCCAGCUUGAAGCGCAAGAAUCGGAGCGAUCUAGGUCCCAGCGUGAUGUCCGCAACGUCGACCGUACCGUCAAAGACCUUCAGCAACAGAUCGAGAGGCGUGAGAAGGCCAACAGCCAACUCCAAGACGAUAUAAACCGCAGUCGCGAAAAGGCCGAAAAGCUACUCAAAACGAUCGACGAGCUCCAAGCCAGCGACAGCAGUAAUCAACUCAGUGCUCGAAGAGCCGAGAGAGAGCUACGCGAAGAGAAAGAGAAGGCCCUCCGACUUGAGAGAGAACUUGGUGCUUGGAAGGCGCUACGCAUGGAGAAGGGGGCGACUAUCUCCGGGGGUACUGUCAGGCGGUCCGGGCAGUGGGCGAGAGGAGGUAUGAGUAGUGAGUGGGAUGACGAGAAUACAAGCAUUCUCGGGGGUGAGGAUGGGAUCGUGAUUCCCAAGAGAAAGGGGUCGCAGAGCAGGCAGACUAGUAUGAGCAAGGGGUUCUUGUAGACCAGGGAGGAUGGAGUACUCAUAAUGAUUGAUUAUUUUUGCAGGCUUCUUUAUACAAGCCGGGGGGGGG